UGUUUUUCAAUUCCUGAUUCUUUCAUAACGUGAUUACGAUAAGUUACACACAGAGUCGAAAUGUCGGUUGUCUUUCCAAUAUUGCCGCCCAUUGUGCUCCUCCUCCACUAUGUCUUUGUCCAAUGCCUUCCAUGUGAUUUCAAUGUGUAACGCUGUCUGUGUAUACAUUUCUGUGUGUUUAUGAUGUUCGGUAAUUUGUGACCCGGUUCGAGGACCUUGAGGGUUCAACAAUAAUGUAUUGUUCUGCAUCCGGAUACAAGUUCAGUAACUUGCGUUAAAUAAGUGGAAAUGCUGGAAAUGUUUGAUUGCUUUCCAACGUGAAUAACGCAAUUGUCUCGUGUAAAAGAGUGGCAUUUUAACCUUAACCCUGAACGAUUGCGCCGAGUGAUGUGUGCCAGUGAAUCACGGAAGAAAAAGCCGUCCAUCAAAAUACAUAAACUGAAGAAAAACAACAAGCCGAUCUCGCAGCCCUCGACAGCUGACUAUUCCGCCUUAGUUGAAAGGAAACAAGGGAAUUAUUGCCGGUGGCCAAGUCGGACGGGAAACGGGGUGAUCCGGCGAGUUGACUGCAAGAAAACAUCGCGGCCGGAGCCAAAAGAAGAAGAAGAAGAAACAGAAACAUCAUGGGCUGUUUUGGCAGUAAGCAAAAGAUCUCCAAAGUGGACUUGGAGUAUCUCAAGAAGCACACUCGCUACGACGAGGCAACCAUCAAAGAGUGGUUCAAAGGUUUUCGGCAAGACUGUCCGAGUGGACGCUUAACGCCGGCCAAAUUCGUCGACAUGUACAAAAUGUUUUUCCCCAACGGCAACGCCGAAGAAUUCUGCGACCACGUCUUUAGAACGUUCGAUCGAGACAAGAACGGAUUCAUCGAUUUCAAAGAAUUCUUGUGUGCGAUCGACGUCACGUCGGCAGGGACUCCCAACGAGAAGCUCCAAUGGGCGUUUCGCAUGUACGACGUCGACGGCAACGGCUCCAUCGAUUUGCAGGAGAUGACAAAGAUUGUGCAAGCCAUCUACGACAUGCUGGGCAAUAGUUCGAGCAGCCGGCCUCCCGACACUGCGGAGGAGCGCGCGAAAAGCAUUUUCGCUCGGAUGGAUGAAAACGGCGACGGCAAACUAACGGAAGAAGAAUUCCUCAAGGGCUGUCUGCAAGAUGAAGAACUCUCGAAAAUGCUCUCGCCUGGAUUUUAAGCGCAUUCCACCCACUCCCCUAUCAUCCUUGUACCAAUCGAAAGCCUCCCGUUUUGUCUCCCAACGCAAAUCAGAGAAAAGGGGACGAGGUGACUUCGAUCAUUUCAAAACAUACUUAUUCAAAAAUUUUGAUAAUCCCUAGUUAAAUAUGGUGGCGACACAUUGGAAAUUGACUUUUCUUGGCUGCGCCAAAAAAGAGUGAAACUUGAUUUGACAACAUUUUUGCACUGGUCACGAGUGAAAUUCUCCCGAGUGCGCUUGUUUGUUGAAACCACUUCGAUACCGUGCACCGUUUUUUUCUUAAAUUAUUAUUUUGAUUUUUUUGCUCUCUCGUCUUUUUUCGCUGACUGCAACCGACUGCAAUUUAACCAAGAAACAUGAUACUGGUUAAAUACGAAAAAUCACGCACAAGAAAAAGGAAAAUUGCGCAGCAUUUGAACAUGAAGGAAAUGGGGGAAUUUAUCGAAAUGAAUUCCCACACCACCAGCGGAAAACUGUCACCUCAUCUGCCCACAUCUUCUUGUUAUCAAUCGCGAGAGCCCCCAAGUUUCUUUUCAUUACAAAACCUAAAUUGUAUUUCACUCUUUGCUAUUUUUCUUUCAUUUUUUUAAAUAUUCUUUUCAUUGCCAAUUUUGAAGUGACCCAAAACUAUUCGCUAAUCAAAGCUUUACCAAGUGGAUUUGGUGCAUUUGCAAUUUGGUUCUUUUUAGACGACCCAGUAUCGAUUUUUCGCUGGUUGAUUUGGCAAAGCCAAACAGCAACCGAAUUUCGACCUCUUCAUCUAAUCGUUUCCAUUUGUCCUGUACAUACUGCCACAUAAAAAAUCGCCUCACCUUUUUUUCACGUAUUCUCUGGCGAAAUUCGCACAUAUCGUAGUAGUUUCAUGAUCGGUUUUUGACAAAUGUAGAUGUGCGUGUGCUGAUUCCCUCUUUCUCUUCGUUCCAUUUUCUUCUUUUUUUUUUUUUUUGCUUGGCCGCAGAAUCAUCGCUCCUUGGGCGGCGUGCGGUACCAGUCACAGCGUUAGAGAAUAAAUCACACGUAGCGCAAUCGUGCACAAAAUAAUCUGAUGGGCUGGCAAUCGUUCGAGACGGGUUAUCCUUGCUUGUGAUUGGGCUUUGUUUCACAUGUGCAACUCGCCAAUCAAUUGAACAGAGAAGGGUUGCCAAUAAGAGCCAUUAGCUAAUAACAAGAGUGUAGUUUGAGCUCAUUUUAAUAAGCGUAAGUGGUCGCCCUUGAAAAAAAUAUCCGAAAGUUUGGCGGUCUGACAUUUGCAUAAUGAAACAUCUUUUUCACGCAUCCGCUUCAUUGCGAAUAUUUCAUAGGAAAAACCCAACACAUUAGAUUUUAUGAUUUGACGACUCUGUUGAUUUGUGUAUUCUGCUGGUCCAUUUCAUCCGCUUUGAAAUAGUUCGUAUUUUUUAUCUCCCUAAUUAGCCUCCACGAAUUCUGCGUUCCAAUAACUAUCGCGAAUCGAACGAUCAAGUUAGAAAAUACUUGAUAACAAUAUGGGUAUAUAACAUUCCGUGCGUCCACAAGUAUUUGGGUUCCUCUUUUUCUCUUUCACCAGAUGUUUGGAUGCGUGAGUGGUUUUUGCUGUUGCUGGCGUUAGCCUGUUUCAUUUCCUUCUUUUCAAAAUCAUCAAACCUCCAUUUCCUCAUAUUGACAUUCGCCUCGAUCCUUCUUUUCCUUUUUGCGCUCUAUUCCCCGUUAUUAUUAUCAUUAUUUUUUAUUUAUUUAUUAUUUUUUAUUAUUAUCCAUUUUCGUAGAUCAUUUCCCGUCUCUUUUUCUAGUUACUACACUGUUAUCCACUUUUCUCUCUCUUGUUUUGUCUCCCGACUGAUUUCCUUCGCAUUCGUUCAACGGACUUUUUUUUUCUUCAACAUCAACUUUUCACCUUUGUCAACAUGUACUGUACAUGCAUUCGCUAACACAUUGGAAGCCGCUCGUGAGUGUCGGAAAAAAAACCUAUUGUCGUUCUUCCUUUCAAACAUUCAAUCCUUUUCGAGUAUUUCAUUUCCCUUUGAAUAUUCCAUUUGUGUCCCGGUGAUCACCUCCCCAAAUUGUACGUGUGAAUACAUUUUUUGAUCCGAAAAA